GUCACAUGACAGCUCGCCUUGCGAAGAUGGCUGACGACCUGCCUUCCGAGUUUGAGAUUGUCAUUCUCGGGACCGGUCUGCCAGAAUCCAUCAUUGCCGCUGCUUGCUCUAGAAUCGGACAGAGGGUUCUUCAUGUUGAUGAGAGAAAUUACUACGGUGGGAAUUGGGCCAGCUUUACAUUUUCAGGGUUACAGACCUGGAUAACAGAUAACAAGAAGGACGACAUCACCAGUGAAGAUGCCUCAUACACUGAUCAUAUCUCUGCCAAUGAGAAAUGCAUUCUACUCAACAACAAGAACAAGACCAUUCAGAAUAUUGAAGUUUUCUCUUAUUCUGGCAGUGAAGACUCUGAUGUGGAAGAAUCUGGAGCCCUUCAUGUGAACCCUGCCCUAUUAACAACUGAUGUUACAACAAUAGAUCCCACGAUCGAAGCCCCAUCACAAGAAAGUCCCUCGGCAGACAUUAACCAUUGUGAAAAUCCUCAAGAACAAGAAGAGAAGAAUGGGCCGGGAGGAACAGAAAAUGCUGAUGCAAACUUGUUAGCUGAAGGUGAUCACCUAUCAGAUGGGACCACUAGCACAGACUCAUGUCCUGUCCUGGAAUCAAGCGACACUGCAGACACGGGACCAAGUUCUCCUCAAACCAACGAUCAAAUCGCAUCUACGCCUGUUACCUAUUCACACAUUGUUAAAGAAGGUCGAAGAUUUAAUAUUGAUUUAGUGUCAAAGUUUCUCUAUUCUCGAGGAAUGUUAAUUAAUCUUCUCAUCAAGUCCAACGUCAGCCGUUACACCGAGUUUAAAAACAUUACCAGAAUUUUGACCUAUUACGAUGGGAAAAUUGAACAGGUUCCCUGUUCAAGGGCGGAUGUGUUUGCCAGCAAACAGCUUUCCAUGGUAGAGAAGAGGAUACUAAUGAAAUUCCUGACAUUCUGUGCAGACUAUGAGCAGCAUGUUGAAGAAUAUCAAGAUCACAAAGAAAGUACAUUUUCUGAGUUUUUAAAAGUUAAACGGUUAACACCAAAUUUGCAGCACUUUAUCCUGUAUUCCAUCGCCAUGGUGUCAACAACUGCAAACACUGAAGAUGGAUUGAAAGCGACACAACAUUUUCUGCGGUGCCUUGGGUGCUAUGGCAACACACCUUUCCUCUUCCCCCUGUAUGGUCUUGGGGAGCUUCCCCAGUGCUUUUGCAGGAUGUGUGCCGUGUUUGGAGGAAUCUAUUGUCUUCACCAUUCCCUGCAGUGCCUGGUAGUUGAUGCAGACUCAAAUCAGUGUAAAGCUGUGAUAGACAGUAGAGGUAAACGGAUCAGUUGCAAUUUUGUGGUAGUUGAGGAUAGUUACCUCUCCCCAGAUGUCUGUGCAAAUGUAUUUUACAAGCAGAUCUCUCGGGCAAUCCUCAUCACUAAUCGUUCUGUUUUGAAAGCAGAUUCUGAUCAACAGAUUUCUGUCCUGACUGUUCCACCAGAAGCAGAUGGACAACAUUCCAUCCUUGUGACUGAACUGUGCUCUUCAACAAUGACUUGCAUGAAGAACACGUAUUUGGUCCACCUGACUUGUCCGUCCACGAAGACAACUGCCAAAGAAGAUCUGGAACCAGUGGUACAGAAAUUGUUUACUGUGAACACUGAGCCUGAGAAAGGUUCUGAAGAUGAGGACCUAGAAAAGCCAAGAGUCCUCUGGGCCCUAUAUUUCAACAUGAGAGACUCUUCAGGCAUUGAUCGGCAGUGUUAUGUUGGACUUCCAGAUAACGUUCAUGUUUGCAGUGGCCCGGAUCCGAGCUUUGGAAAUGACUGUGCAAUCCAGCAGGCGGAGAAUAUUUUCAGUAAGCUUUACCCAGCUGAAGAGUUUUGUCCACCGGCUCCUAACCCAGAAGACAUUAUUUAUGACGGUGAAAGCCCGCCACAGGAUGCUGCAGAUUCUGGCACUCCCACUGAAUCUAAGGAUGAAAACUCCACUGAAAGUGAGACGAUAUUGGAGGCUGCUGAAGACGUAAAAGAGCAGAAAGAAGAAUAAUUGAAUUCCGUCUCUGUACACUGGAUAUACUCCUCAUUCCUUAAUCUGUACCUAGGUCAACGGCUACCGAUACUCCACUUCACAUGUUUAAAGCAGUUUAUCAACAAACUCUAUGGCUAAAGAAUGGCUUGUGUAAUGCAGUCUGCUAUCGUAUUUAAAGUGCCCUUGUUCGUUUUUAGAAAAUGGCUGUCAUAUUGUCUAGUUUUCAUAUGUCUUAUAUCAUUAAAAUAUGUUG